AUGGAGCUGCACCUGGUGCACGAGAGCGCCGCGAACAAGGCCGCGGUGAUCGCCGUCCUCUACGAGGUCGGUCGCCACGACGACGCGUUCCUCCGCCACUUGGAGCCCUUCAUCCGGCGGAUCGCGGACGUGCGGGACAGGGAGGAGCGCGUCGGCUUGGUCAACCCGUGGCGUGCGCGCGGCAGCGCCAGUGUCUACUACCGCUACAUGGGCUCCCUCACCGCGCCGCCCUACACCGAGGGGGUCAUCUGGACCAUCGUCAAGAGGGUUCGCACCGUGUCCAAGUACCAGUUGGAGCUUCUCAGGGAAGCCGUGCACGACUGGAAAGUAAAUAUGUCGCUGCCACUGCACGUCCCCGUACCUGUUGUUCAAACUCAAACAUGGCUGGAACCAAAAGCAAUAUGA